AAGUACCAAUUAAUUUUAGAUAUAGAUAAGUUAUUUCAAGAUUUGAAGUUACAGUGCAACAAAUGUUUGUUUGUGAGUCACAUUGUGAAAACUUAUUCAUGACCGCCGUUAGUGCAUCUUUAUAUUUUUAUUUGGAUUCUCUUAGUUACCGCAUUGGCGACAGCGGUAUUUUCCGAAAUUUGAACUAUAUAUUAUAAGUGACAAAAGUCAUUUUUUAUCUUUUGGAAUAACUGGUGACCCAGAUUAUAAUAAGUAUUUAAGGAGUCAUCUUCUAAAUUGUCUAUUUACUUAACACGAUUUUUUGGAUGAUUGUUUACAAAGUUCGUUGUUCCAUCCAGCUGUUAAGUAAGAUGCAUGUACCGAAAGAUAAAGUUCAGAAAUUUUGAGCUGAAUAUAUAUCUUGAUCAGCAAUCCAGAAAUUGUCAGUUUAUUGAAAGUCUUCAAGUACGUUCAUUAAAACCAAGCACCGACUGUAAAAUAUGAGGUACAUGAGAAAAAUUCUGAUUUUUUGUGCUGCUAUUGCUUUAAUUAUCUGUGCUUCUCAUAUUGUGUCUAUAUGGUGGGACUUUUCCAAAAUCAAACAUGAGGAGCCUGUUACCAUGGAUCCUUGGGUAAGGAAGCACUGGAACCAUGUGAAAAUACUUACAGACUCUUUGAAUAAUAUGCAAAGUACUAAAACUAUUUUAUUUUGGACAAAGUUUUUUGGUGAAUCAAAUUUUGUGCCAAGUUAUUCAAAUCUAAAUUGUCCUAAAUCACCUAAAUGUUUUGUAACCUUUGAUCGCAAAUACUUAAACAAAAGUGAUGCUGUGGUAUUUCAUUUGCGGGAUAUAAAUCUCAAUGAUAUGCCCAUUUUAAGGAUACCUCAUCAAAUCUGGAUACUUUUGCAUCAUGAAGCACCACCUCAUACUCCUACUAAUAUUUUAGAACAAAUGAAUGGCAUUUUUAAUUGGACUGCUACUUAUAGACUGGACUCGGAUAUCAACCUUUCACCUAUUGUCAGAAAGAAGAAAAAGGGUACUAAGGAAGUAAAGUAUUUUAUACAGAAUAAGAAAAAAAUGAUAGCAUGGUUGGUUAGUAAUUGCAAAACACCUAGCAACAGAGAAGGAUAUGUUCUGGAACUGCAAAAGACUGUACCAGUGGAUAUUUUUGGUACUUGUGGUAGCUAUACUUGUUUACCAAAAAUGUCAGAUGAGUGUUAUGAUGUUUUAGAUCAGAAAUAUCACUUUUAUCUCUCUUUUGAAAACUCUAUUUGUAAAGAUUAUGUGACUGAAAAGUUUUUUCGUAUUUUGAGUACUAAUAUGAUACCUGUGGUAUUAGGUGGUGCUAAUUAUUCUCAAGUAGCUCCUCCUAAUUCUUAUAUUGAUGCAUUAGCUUUUAAAACACCAAGAGAUUUGGGUCGAUAUUUACUUCAAGUAGCUAAGGAUGAUAAGAAGUACCAGAGUUACUUCAACUGGAAGGAAACAUAUGAACUGGUAUAUGAACAUUAUGUAUGUCAAAUCUGUGCAAAGUUAAAUCAACCAAAAAUAAAUCAUUCCAUUUAUCUAAAUAUAAGUCACUGGUGGUUUCAGGAUGCAAACUGCAGAAUGUGGUCAGACUCUCCAAAAAAAUUAAAGAAGUAUUUAAACAGAAAAACUUUCCAAUAACUAUGAAGACUUGAAUAGAAUAUAUUAGCUAUACUAGAAAAGUAAAUUAAAUAAGAAAAAUAUUUUACAUUCUGAUUUGUUAAGAUAGCAAACAUUUUAAUAUUAUAAUUACAUCAAAUCAAAAAAAAAUUAAAUUAUUUUAAAUCUAUUUUUGUUUAUUUUAAUUAAUUUCAUAAACAUAAUUAUUUAAAUAGAUUUGGUAUUGUCAUCUGUUGCCUUUAUUAGAAGUUAAAAAAGUAUUUUUGUUCUAAUAAGUCAUCAGAAGUUUACCACUACAAAAAAAGUUGGUCUAAUGGGAAACCAUCUCCCUUAAAAAGUUUAAUAACUUAUAAUUAGUUGUAUUAAAAAAAGAUACAAUCUUGUUCGUUAUUUAAUAGCUAUUGAUUUUUAUGC